AUGGUCUGCUCAAGCGCUGAAGGAAUGCAGUAUUUCCAUGCAAAGGGCGUCUUUCAGGUUGAUGUCGGUCUUCGCAACUUGCUGGUCGACUGGGACGAUAAUGUCAAGUACUGCGAUUUCUCUGGAAGCUCAAUAGACGGGAGCAGGCCGACUGUCGUUGUCAGCCCGACGGCCCAGCAUCCCAAGGCCGUGAUAGGGUCUCCUACGGUACAGACGGAACUGUUUUCCCUCGGAUCUGCGAUAUACGAAAUCUCGACUACGUUUAAAGCGUAUGAGGGACUGGAGGAAGAUGAACUACAAGCUCGGUAUGCGAGGGGUGAAUACCCUGAUACAAGCCAGCUUCUUCUCGGCGGCGUGAUUCUCAAGUGGUGGCGUGGUUGUUAUUUCGACGCAGGGGAGGCAGCAGCAGAGAUCAGAGACAUCCAGCGAAGGAUGAAACAUGGGAAUGACCUGGGUCUAUCCAUCAACGGCCUGAUGGAAAGAAAAUGGAGUGAACAUACUCGAGUAUAUAUCCGCAUGCAGUUGUUCAUUGCCGCCGCUGUCUUCGGUGCCCAAGCCAUGUUCCGAGCCACCACUAUUAAUCCCAUAGCAUAG